GAGACACUCCAAAAUGGCGGAUCGCGAAGAAGACCCUGAAAACGAAGAGGACAGAUAUGAGGUGGUGGACCUAACCGAAUAUGCAAGGCGUCAACAGUGGUGGGGCCGCCUUUUUGUUGGUAACAGUUUUGAACCUGUUGCUGAGAAAUAUUCUGUGGCUACUCAAAUAGCAUUGGGUGGUGUGAGUGGCUGGUGUGCUGGAUAUCUUUUCCAGAAGGUAGGGAAGAUUGCAGCCACAGCUGUUGGUGGCGGAUUCCUGUUAUUACAGAUAGCCAACCACAGCGGUUAUGUUCAGGUUGACUGGAAGAAAGUGGAGAAAGAUGUUAACAAUGCGAAGAGGCACCUGAAGAAGAAAGCUGACAGGGCCGUACCAGAACUCAACUCUUUUAUUGACCAGUCCACAGAGUUUGUAAAGACCAAUGUUAUCGUCACCAGUGGAUUCUUUGGAGGCUUCUUGCUCGGUCUGGCAUCCUAAGACAGCCAGUGGAGGCUUGCAUUUGACCUGUUAUUUUUUUGAGAGCUCUGCUCUUACGGCUGUGAAGUGCCCUUUUAAAAUGGUAGUGGAAGAAAACAGGAACACAUGCAGAGCACAAUGAGCCAAAGUGUAAUUAAACAAACUGCAAACAGUUAACACGAUUGUAAGUACUCUGUAAUGUUUACCUGCUGUUACUGAACAGCUAGCCUGUGUAUAUACCAUGUAAUGCAUGAUUUAAUGCUAACUGAUACUGGAACCAAGAUUUUCUGCUGCUCCACCAGAUCAACAAAACUGUAUUUCUAGCCGUGCUUUAGACCUGACUCAAGGCAGUUGGGCCCCACCCAACAGUACCGUAAGUAGCCGUUGGGUCUCGUGGAAAACACGACUCUCGUCGACACUCAGGGGCACUGAUUCGAGUGGUCCUGUCUCACUCUGAUUACAUUUAUUAAUCGUAACUGAAAGAUACGACAAGAUAUUCAAUUCCUGCACCCAAUAGCCUUGAGCUGGUGUCGGAUAUUACACUGCACAAAAAGCAUAGGUAGCGAUCUCCCUGUUAUCUGUCCUGAAUGUAUUGAAAUAUACCUUGUGGUCUACAAACAACUUCCACGUGGACCAUUAACAGUGUACUGUUGUGUUUGUGACAUGUCACAUGUAAUUUACCUUGUGUUAUGGUAUUCGGGUCACUUUAGUCCGCGUACAUGGCCAGUAUCUAGACCUAGUCGUGUAAUUUAGUUGCUGAGGUAACUAUGCAGGCCAGCAGUGUCGAACUAGAUCAACCCAUCUGAAAUAUGUCUGGAAUUCCAGGUGACCAGUCUCUCCUUGGAGUUAUUCAGGAUUAACUGUAGACUGUAUAUAUUGUACUAUUUUUAUUAUUAGUGAGAUAUUUGCUUAGAGUGUCUUAUCUUUUGCAGGAAUUACAUUGCUGUGUUAUUUUGUGUAUAUCCAAAUAAAAUAAUAUAUGC